AUGUUCCAAUUUUUGACAAUAUUCUUGUUUUUUUCAACAACUUUCGCGUUGAAAUAUGAUAUUUUGAAAGUUUUAGAGGAGUAAGUUUGAAACUUUUUUUUUGAAAAUUGAAAAAAAAAUGUUCAGCAACAUCGAUGAAAAUAUUGAACCUUGUGAUAACUUCUACCGCCAUGUUUGUAAAAAACGUCAACCUAAUUUAACUAAUCCAACAAUCACAGAGCAUUUAAACAAGAUUUAUUAUAAUGAUCUUCUCGAACUUGAGAAAAACGUAAUUCCCUUCAAACUUCAAAGACUGGUACAUCUGACUAGAUAUCUAGCAUGGAAUCCGAAUAUAACAAUGAUGUUUGAACACGAAUUGAAAAGUUUAUAUAUUCAAAGAUGUGAAAAUGAUAAACCCGAAGCUUUGGAAUUCCUGAAACUUUUGCAAGAAUUUUUUCGAUCUUGA